ACUUAAGCGGUCAAAAUCCCUCCGAGAGCAGAGCUCUGCCUUUGUGCUAAAAAUAUAUAGCGCGCGCGACGCCGCCGGGCCUCAGCGUGCGCGUGCGUCACCGGCGCUUGCGCGGCUUAUUGAUCAUGGACAGCUCCCGCCGCCGCCGCCGCCCCUUCAGCCUCGAGUUCCAGCAAGCGCCGCCGGGCCCCGGCCUCGUGCACAGGGAGUCGGUGGACACGCGACGGACCGACCCGAUUGGUGCCGGAAUUGACGGCUCGUCGAAAAAGUUUAGACGGUACACGUUCUUUACGGCGAUUCCGUACUUGAUUUCAGUGAUUUUAGCACCGCUCAUUCUGGCCUUAGACGCGGCCACCGCCGACGACGGUCGCACGGCUUUGCAUCUCGCCGCCGGCGAGGGGAAACUCAAAGUCGCGGCGAAGCUCGUGGAGCUGGGCGCAGAUGUGAAGAAGCCCGACCGCCAGGGCCGGAACGCGCUCGACAUCGCGCGGGCCGCGGGAUACUACGACCUCGAGGCGCGACUACGGCUCCUAUCCGAAACCUAA